AUACUUAUUUUUUAUUUGUUUGAUAAUUCUUUAUCAAUGCCAGGAUUAUUGGACUUUCUGUCGAAAUCUCGUGAGUCUUUAUCGUCAAAUGGACCACAAUAGGAUUAAAAAAUUACUUUCUUCUGAGUACGAUGAUUUUUAUGAGAAAAUCAUCAUUGAAUCGCCCUUUGCUGAGACUACGAGGGACGGACGGGGAAUCAGGGAAGUGACCAUUGCCCUGAGUUCGUCCAAACUGAUUAUUGCCUCUGAUAUAUUCCGGAAAAAUCAGGGGUUCACAUGUUUGCGAGGGGUUGAUCCCAGCAUUGAGUGCUUUGAACUUGUUUCUGUUUAUCCCUUGGAGUUUGUUAGUUUGAGUAUUUUCAGAAGAAGAAUGAGAAAGACAUUGAAGGCCAGAUUGAUCAACGGCCGAGUAACGUACUACGAGCUAGGCGGCAUUUAUCACCGUAAAUCCCGGUGGAGCCUCUGGUGUAGUCAGAUCGAGGUUCUUCAACUGCAAAAAGAGAACGGAAGUUCUCUGUCGGAAACCACUGCAGCGAGUUCCUCAAGCUCCACCACUCCAUACAUUUUGUCGUCCGACGGGGAUUCCCAGUCUGUCCCGAAGAAUUCAGGGAAUCCCCGAAUUUGUUCCCUGUGGACGUACAACGGUGAAAGCCAAGAUCUGCCUCCCUCGUGGCCUCGCAAGGACAUUUACCUCGGCCCGACCUACAACGAACUCGGACACGGUCUCUACGCCCCAAUUCCCGUACGUUUCGCCGGUGCUAGUUUCAAUGACCUCCAAAUUCAAUACGAACUGCGCCCAGUGUCCCUCGUUCCACCGCCCCAGAAGUCCAACCAUAGCUGGCCACCAUUGAAAGUGUCAAACACUAAACUAAAAUACCAAAACCACAAAAAUACUGAUCUCUGUGACGUUCUCUACGUUCACAGGCAAUUCGCCAAGCCUCAGAAAUCACUUUCCUCCACUUCUCAGGUCCCAUCUCACCGCUCUUCUCACCCUGGCCACGGAGACUGUGGAGAUUCCAAUAGAAAUUCCAAAACCAACUGGAACCGAAAGGAACAUCGAGAAUCCAAUCACACACUUGUUCCAAAAUUAUCGAGAUUCGGAUUUGGCAUCCACGAAAACUGCUCUUCUGGGCUGUACCUAGCACCUCACGAAGGUGAUCCAGAUCACCUCGUGAAGAUAAAGCCCGCUUACAAGCUGAUGGAUCCCUACAGAUUAAUUGAGAGUGGAGUAGAGAUCUGGGAGAGAGCGAAAUCCAUUCAGUCAAACAUCGACUCUCGACAUUCGUUAAAAUCCUUCAGAAGAUACGGAUUAGCCACUUGUCCUCAUUUGUUCUUCGGGUUGGGUCCUUGGUCUGUGAAUUCCGGAGAUAAAAUUUCAUUUCAGAAGAGAUCGUCAAGUCUUGUAAGGAUUCGGAGACAACCGGUUGAUAAUGAGAUGAAGCUUGCUGUUUCUAAAAAACAUUUGUGCACUAGUGUAUCGAUGUCUUCUCUGGAGCCUGAGAUGUCGACAUCAGGUGCCAACACGCGAGGGAAAAUUGUCAUGUUCUGGACACCCGAUUACUGGUAUAGGCCGAGAGCUGCAACUGCAGUCUAUAAAGAAUUGAGGAAUCACUUGACAUGUCUCCACAAUUUUCAUUCUGACAGGGAAAAGAAUUCUAAACGAUCUUUCUUCUUGAGAAGAAAAUCUUCCUCGACUGGGUGCCGAGUGGAGAGGGUGAAGUCGUACAAUAAGAGUAAUUCUAUUUUAAACAAGAUAUUUUCAAGUCGAGACUUGAGACACAAAAAACAUCUGAGGAAGUCUGAAGAGGACAGGACAGUGAAUCAGCUGAGACGAUUAUUGAAACCGAAUUUCAAGACUACAAUCUGGGACCUAGACAGCACGACGUUGGCGAAACAACUGACAUUAAUUGACAGAGAUUUAUUCUUGAGGAUUCCCUUGUCCGAAAUCGAGAUAAUAAUAUUCCAGAAGUCUUCAAAAAACGCUCCAAAUAUUGGAGCUUGGAUGGCCUUCAGUCAUCGAAUUUCAUCUCUAACUUCGAGUGAGAUUCUGAUGAUCAAGAAAUUGGAAAUGAGGACGAGGAUGUUGGCAAGGUUCAUCAACUCUGCUAACAAAUGCUUCUCGAUGGGUAAUUUCAAUUCCUGCAGAUCGAUUAUCGCGGGUCUCCAAAGUCCACCGAUUUAUAGAUUGAGGUCGACAUGGAGUUAUUUGAAAACUCAUCACGCCACGAGAUACGAGACCUUCACAAGAUUAUGCAGGGUUUUUAAGAAUUGCAGAAUCGAUGUCUACAUCCGUGCCUGGGAAACGGUUAUGAUUCGUCCCCCAGUGCUUCCCUAUAUCGGCCAUGUGCUGACAAGAAUUCUAGGACUCGACAUUGAUGAAGAGAUUGCGCGAGAAGAAACGCCGAGGCGUUGGACUCAGAAGAACUACGACUGCGGUUGCACAUACUUAUAUCAAGCAUCCGAAGAGGAAAAAUGCGUGAAGAACCAGUUGACACGUCACACGAUUUCAUCCAUGAAGAGUAAAUCUCAGGGCUUGGUGAGGAGAAUUCUGUCAAACACAGUGGGAAGAAUCAUUCAGGGAAGAGGUUUAGCUGGUCCAGAGAAAUUUGAUGUCUUCUGGGCAGCGAAGCAGCUGAUGGUUGCGAGGAAAUUUUUUGACCAAUGGCAGGCUCAAGUUCUGACGAUGAAAAUCAUCAAAGAGUACGAGAUAAAACGUCGAAAUGUGGAUUGGAGGAGGAAGCGAGGACAGGAGGUCGGAAUAUGGAUCAGUAAUUGCCAGAGGCUUGCGAGGGACUACCAGUUUCCUGGGCACUCCUUGGCUUGGGAAUUUCUGUUAAAAGCUAGGUACAAGGAGGAUAAGGAGAACUUUUGGAUUAGCUUGAAGCUCGAGCCACCACUAGGAUGAUACAAAUGGAUUUAACCAAUGAAACUGAAACUACUAUCGAGAUAUUUCGGUGAAGAGCUGGUGAAGCUGAACAUCAUUGUGUGAGAUUCAGAGAUAAUGUCUUUCUUUCUUCACA